AUGUGCAUUUUGUUGUGUCCAGCCGAGAUCAGCGCCUCGAGCGUUGUGUCAGAUCACCCAACGGAGUUGUGUGAGGUGGGGUUGAGCACAGCCGAUGCGGCUGCCGUACGAUCCGCAUUUGCAGCCGUUUUGGCCGACGGUUGGCGUGGCUCCUGCGCAAUGAGAGCGCGUUUGGACAACCAUUUUCGCCAAACUGUGCUGUUCUGGGCUGGUUUGAUCAUUUUUGCCAGCCAACACACAUCUCCUACUCAUCAACUAACGUUGUGGACUUUGUGCUCAACAAUUGCAAAGUAG